CAGUGGCGUCACCCAGCAGUGUUCUUCUCACCUGUGUUCUCCUCUCUUCUGAUUGGCUGUCUGCUGUCUCCAGGUCCGGCCCAAACCGCCCCCGCCCUCCAACACCAACGUGCACAUCGCCCCGGCGCCCCCUCCCCCCAUGAUGGCGGCCCCCCAGCUGCUGCAGCGGCCCCUCAUGCUGGCCACCAAGCUUUCCUCCUCCUCUCUGCCCUCAGCGGCUCCCAUCCACCAGGUGCGCAUCCUGAACGGUCAGCCGUGCAGAGAGAGCAGCAACACGCUGACGGGCAUCGUGAUCGCCACCCCCCCGAUGAUGACCACAACAACAACACGCCUCGCCAACAGCGCCCUCCUGACCCCCGUCCUGACCCCCAUCCUGACCCCCGCCCUGAAGCCCGCCCCCAACAAGCCCAUCCAGAUCAGCAGCCUGAAUGCAGAGCCCAAGCAGACGGUUAAACCCGGAGGUGGAUCUGAGCAGAAGCUGGUGGUGAGCCCCCCCCCCUCCACCCCCCCGCUGUCUCUCCCUGCCAAGAGAGAGGACAACCCCGAGGUGUGUAGAGGGGGGGGGCAGUUAGGCCCUCCAGCUGAGCGGUGUGACGGGAAGUCAUGUGACCGUGCUGUAGUUCCUUUUAUAGCCCAACAUUAGCCUCCUUUAGCUUAGCGGUGGAGACGUGAAGUCAUGUGACCGUGCUGUAGUUCCCUCAUAGCC